AUGCAGACACUCUUGUUGCUGGUGCUGUCAUGCAGCUUGGUAGCUGUCGGCUCAUCGACGAGCAGUUCAGGCGAUAAGACUGAGGAGCUGAGGGCACGAACGAGUCAACGAAAGAAAAGGCAUUUCUGGUCGCCCGAGAGUAACGACGAAAGUUAUGAACAGGGCCAGGUGUUCCAUCAAGAGUUCAGGGACCAGCGGAUAGUAGGGCCGUCUGCAUUCAAAACAGUACAUGCCGCAACAGGAAAAUUCUACGAACCUCCGCCUCCCCAAAAUGGGAUCGGUCAACUGCAAUCGUCUGGCAGAAGUGAGCAUUCUCCGGAAUUCAGUCAUCAUAGCGGCACCACUCCGAUGUUUGUUCACCACGACGAGCAUUGGGAAGGCGAGUCAUUUCUCCAACCAUGGGCCUCGGCCUCGACGAAUGGUCGCUCGGAAAGCUACGAUGUUCUUGAUGAAAGUCAACGUCAGAAACUCGACUUAGACGACGUCACGCCUAACUACGAGUCAAACGUCUGGUAUUCCAGUAAUCAGCGGCUGAUGGCAGUUCCUCAAUCGAACAUCAAACAAAAUUUUCCGAACGAAUUCGCAAAAGCCGCUACUCAUGAUAACACAGUACAGUACUCGUCUACGAGUAUCAGGGACGAUCAGCGGCGACAGCGUAACGAAUCCCCUUCAUCCCAUCGUAACGUACAUCUGUCAGCGGCUUACGAACUAACAUUCGAGAGGCAACCAAUGACCGUUUAUAGCGAGGAACAUUUCCUCCCGGAGGACAACGACAUUUAUGUGCCACUGUGCAACCGCCACGACAAGGGCUGGCCGGGCUCUUGCAUAAACAACACAGAGUUGGGAAAAGACUCAGCGAAACAAGGGAAUCGCUUUCUAGAUAUCGGUUCGAAGAGAGCCAGUGACGCAAUAAAGACGGCCGCAAAGGUCAUCGGUUAUCACUUGGCGUUUCAGCAAUACUCUGGCUAUUUUCAUGGAAGCAGCUUUGAAAUAAGACCGGUUCUCUCCAAAACCAUAAGCACGUCGUUUCUGUCGCAACGGAAAGGUGAAGGUACUGAAUAUAACGUGAAAUACAGAAAGACGAGCUGA